AUGCCUCAACAGGCCGAGAACUCCGGGUUCAAAGGCCCACGAGCACACAAGUUCUGCAGAUGCUGUUUCGCGGACUCCGGCCAGCGCGCUGUCAAUCCCGAUGUUAUGCUCAAGUUCGAUCAUAUCACUCACGGCCGGUUUCACACUCAGACCCUGGAGAUGCAGCAGAUGCUGCACCGCUCAUUGCAAACUACGUCGGAACGGAAACGAUAUUCACACUCUGAGUACAACGGUCUUGGCAACUUGAUGCACUUUCUCCUUCGGGAUGGCAUUCUUACAAAGUCAGCGCGCUCGGAAUAUGCUAUACAGCUCCAGACUUGGCCUUACCCACCGGGUUGGCCACGUUUACAGUCACCGGUUCACCAUUUAUCAAGCUACAAGAUGUCUCACCACGCGCGAUGGAUCGUCAUUAUCCCAGCCUUGCUCCUAAACUGGUUAAAGAGGGAGCACAUUCGGCCAAGGUUCUGGGACCAAGCUAAGAACCACGAGAAAGAUUCGAUUGAGUUGAUCAUCGAGACUACUGCUGCGAUUGCAAAGAGCACUACCGUUCUGAUGGGGACUCGUGUGUCGCGUCGGGACCGUUACCUCAAGGGCAACAUCAUUUACCGGGCUCGCUACCUUUUCAACCAGCUCUGUUUACUUGCAGCUGUGACCUCAACCGGGUCGUCUGGUGCGUCACACGCAGGGACGCCGGGAGUCCAAGUUAUCGAUGAGUCAGUUCUCCAAGACGGUGUCGUUGAUGAUUCUGGCCGGGCAUUACAGUACCAGAACGACACAUUGCGCCCAAAUAUUCAUGUCGCCGUUCAUUUCCCAGAAUUCGCGGAGGAGUACGCUUUACCUGUCAACUGUAACACACUCACAGGCGAAAACUUACACCGAUACUUCAAGACCCGUGUCUACGAAACAAAUUACUCCAACGUGGAGAAGAUCCUGCUGAUGAAAGUCAAUUUCCAAGAGACGAUGCGCCUGCUCCUCCAGAACGCUUUUCAGCAUGACGACCCGGAACUCACCAGCGAGAUGCUUGCACUUUACCAGCAGUGCCCGACCCUUUUCAAUACAGUACUAUCUCGAACGGACCGAAAUGAGAUGGAUGCCCUGCUCGAUAACGAAGACCACGAGAUGGAAAUCGACCAGUCCGCAGACAGCAAUCAUCUCAGACCGGCUGCGAUCAAUCGUAUCCCAACAAAGAGUGUUGUCGCAACCCACCCAAUUAAUGAUGGCAAUAGAAUCCCGACUCGCUCCGGGGACCUCAACACGACAUCGACUUGGCGUGGUCAUCUCCGACUGGCAUACCAGUAUGGUUACGGCAAACCUGCACAAUAUCCAUCUCUGUUCGAGAACCGGCCAAUCCAGUGGUCACGGAAGUCCGGAUUCACCGACAGGGAGUCGAACGACCGCUUCACGUUCAGGACUGGCGACUUUGUACGAUUCAAGCGCGACAACCAGACUCUUUUCGGGCGUGUGGACCAUAUCUUCGUCCUCGACAACGACAAGGACAGACACAUCUUCACAGUACUAACACUGAUCAAGCGUACAAAGACUCGACAUAAGCUCCGGGACUUGGAGAUAAUGGAGGAGACGGAAGAUGCUGUAGUGGUUGGGGUGCCUGCCAUUCGCCCUGUGCGUCUCUACAUGAUACCGGUCAGGGGCGUUGGCAUCAUCUGGGUGAACUGGGACGUACAUGCGUUGUGA